GCACGAUGAUAUCAAAAUCUAUUUUUGUCCAUCUCAACCUCGUAGCACACCAUUGCAUUUUUCAGGCUGUUGAUCAUGCUUCCUCGCUGCGUCUUCUUCUUUCUCGUCAUAGCCUGGGUGCCGUCCACUUUUGCAGCGUCGUUUGAGUUCCGCAGCCAAUGUUCGUACCCCGUCGACGUGUACGACAACGCUGUCACAUGCACUUUGCAGCCCAACUCGACUGGAUGUGGGGUCACAGCCAACGCCCCAUGGAGUGGCAUGUUUCGCCAUAGCUCGAAUGAGCAAGCCACAUUGGCCGAGUUUUCCAUCGCGGGGGGGAAAGUUUGGUACGACAUCAGCACCGUGCCCCCAGGGUCUGGGACGUGCACGAGCCUCGCUGAAUGCAUGCGCGUGACGGCCAAGGUCGGGUUCAACGUCGCCAUGAGCAUCUUCCCCAACGGCCCCAGUCGCAACGACCCAAUGUACAACUGCCAGUACGUCGUCUGCUACGCCAACGGAUGCCACGACGCGUACCAGUACCCAUCCGACGACAUUAAGACCAAGAGCUGCCCCGACACGACCAACUUUGUCGUCACGUUUUGCCCCGACUUGCCGCCGUAAACCUGACCAACGUGCAUGUUUCAAUAGUUUAUAUUCCUACUAACGUUACUAGUACUACAAUAGUAUUAAUGGUACUCCCAAAGUGCAAAG